AUGAGUUUCAGUAACACUUCUAGUCAUAGCACUGCUAACUUGUCUUUAUUUUUCAAUGAAGGAAAGACAAAGGCAAAGCUGCCGCCGGGGCCACGAGGGCUGCCUGUUUUGGGUAGUCUGCUGGACCUCGGUUCGAAUCCCCACCAGUCUUUUUAUGCCCUUUCCAAGCGCUACGGCGGCCUCAUGUAUCUCAAAUUAGGCACUACCACCGCCAUUAUAGCUUCCUCCCAGGAGGCCGCAACUGCCAUUCUCAAGACAUUUGAUUCCGAUUUCUCUAACAGGCCAAAGAACGGUGCGGCAGGAGCGGAUAUUCUGGUGUACAAUAGAAGCGACAUCACCUGGUCUCCCCAGUGGCCUUCUCUAAGAAAGCUCUGCAUUUUCCACCUCUUAACCCCCAAAUGUUUGGAAAAGUGGCAAGAGUCCCGAGAAGAAGAAAUGGCGCUGUUACUCGCCUCCAUCUUUAGACUCCGAGGUACUGCUGUAAAUGUGGGAGAUUUUAUCAAUGUCUUCAGUUCUAAUGUUAUUGGACAGAUGACGCUCAGGAUGAGACUCUUCGAUGAGAACAACACAGAGGCCGAACAUUUCCGAGAACUAAUGGACGAUUUCCUAAGGACCGCUGCUCGUUUUAGGAUUGGGGAUUUCAUCCCUUUCUUAGAGCGGAUUGGCUUGGGUGGGUCUCUUGAUGAAAUGAAGAGCGUGCACAAGCGCCUUGAUGAAUUUCUUGUGAGGAAGAUGGAAGAACAGAGGAUUAGGCCUCUGCCCACUGAGGACGAUGGCAACACAGACUUUCUACAGAUUCUCCAUCAACUCAAAUAUAAUUCUGUAGGAGAUGAGCAACAGCUUUCCGAGUCUAAUAUCAAAGGCAUUUUACUGAACAUGAUUUCGGCGGGAACCGACACGGCUACCCGCACGGUGGAAUGGGCGAUGUCUGAACUGAUCCGCCAUCCUCAUCUGAUGAACAAAGUGAGAGACGAAGUGGACGCAUGCGUGGGAACGGAAGAGAGAGUAACAGAAUCUCAUCUUCCUCAGCUUAAGUAUUUACAAGCAGUUGUAACAGAAGCUCUUCGACUGCAUCCUCCAGCGCCGCUUAUGCUUCCUCACGCGUCUCCAGAAUCUUCAAGGGAAGUAAUGGGGCAUUUCAUUCCCCCAAAUUCUCAUGUGAUGGUGAAUGUGUGGGCCGUGGCAAGAGAUCCAAAUGCGUGGGAGAAGCCGCUGGAAUUUAAUCCGGAUCGCUUUGUGGACAAUCCGGUUCAUCUCGAUGGAAGAGAUUUUCGAAUAAUACCAUUUGGUGCAGGGCGAAGAAUGUGCCCGGGAUAUAAUCUGGGGCUUCGUAUGAUUCAUUUUGCACUUGCAAGCUUUGUUCAUGCAUUUGAUUGGUCGCUUCCAUCUGGUCAAGUACCCCAAGAUUUGGACAUGAGUGAGAAAUAUGAUAUCUCAAUUCACAGGAAAGUUCCGCUCAACCUUUUCGCCACUCCUCGUCUGCCCGCUCGUCUCUAUAACACCCAACAAAAUGCGGGCCACAUAUAA